CGUGUUGAAAAUUACAUCAACUAUUUUUUGGAAAUUCAAUUUGUGCACUUUGACCGUAAAGUCGCUCAAAUUUUAAUGCGUGACGUUUAGGUCAAUCCGCAAAGACUUGAAAAACAGAAUUCCGAGCCGCUGAAGCGGUGUUAUUCGACAAACGGAAGCGAGCCUUGAAAAUGAAUACAUUUGCUGGCAAAAACUUGGGCCGCGGCUCAUAUCGGCCCUGUAACCAGGACAUGUUCAGCCCUCUGUCCAGACCACAUGACUUUGCCGAAAUGGCGGAGGGUAAUGGCGAGCUGUUAGAUGACAUUAAUCAGAAAGCCGAUGACCGUGGCGAUGGCGAACGUACAGAGGACUAUCCCAAGCUGUUGGAAUACGGGCUGGACAAGAAGGUCGCUGGCAAACUGGAUGAAAUUUACAAAACCGGAAAACUUGCUCACGCCGAGCUGGAUGAGCGCGCCCUGGACGCGCUCAAGGAGUUUCCCGUUGAUGGUGCCUUGAAUGUUCUGGGUCAGUUCCUCGAAUCGAACCUGGAGCAUGUGUCAAAUAAGUCCGCCUACCUGUGUGGCGUGAUGAAGACAUACCGCCAAAAGAGUCGGGCUAGCCAACAGGGCGUGCCCGCGCCCGCCACUGCCGUACAGGUGAAAGGUCCCGACGAGGACAAGAUCAAGAAGAUCCUCGAGCGCACCGGCUACACAUUAGAUGUGACGACAGGUCAACGAAAAUACGGCGGACCGCCACCAGACUGGGAGGGCAACGUGCCCGGCAACGGAUGUGAGGUGUUCUGCGGCAAGAUACCCAAGGAUAUGUACGAGGAUGAGCUCAUACCGCUCUUCGAGAACUGUGGCACAAUCUGGGACCUCCGCCUUAUGAUGGACCCGAUGACAGGCACAAAUCGUGGUUAUGCAUUUGUCACAUUCACAAACCGCGAUGCGGCCGUCAAUGCAGUGCGCCAGCUAAAUGAUUUUGAAAUUCGGAAAGGCAAAAAGAUUGGUGUUACGAUAUCAUUUAACAAUCACCGGCUAUUUGUCGGCAAUAUACCUAAGAAUAGAGAUCGCGACGAAUUAAUUGAGGAAUUUUCUAAACAUGCACCUGGCCUUUACGAGGUAAUCAUAUACAGUUCACCAGAUGAUAAGAAAAAGAAUCGCGGCUUCUGCUUUCUCGAAUACGAGUCCCACAAGGCGGCGUCUUUGGCCAAACGAAGACUUGGCACUGGUAGAAUUAAGGUAUGGGGAUGUGAUAUAAUAGUCGACUGGGCCGAUCCACAGGAAGAGCCGGACGAGCAAACUAUGUCUAAGGUUAAAGUUCUGUAUGUACGAAAUCUAACCCAAGAUGUCACAGAGGAAAAAUUAAAGGAACAAUUUGAGCAAUAUGGCAAAGUAGAACGCGUUAAGAAAAUUAAAGACUAUGCCUUUAUACACUUUGAGGAUCGUGAUAGCGCCGUCGAAGCUAUGCGUGGCCUUAAUGGCAAGGAGAUCGGCGCCUCGAAUAUUGAGGUCUCACUCGCCAAACCGCCUUCAGACAAAAAGAAAAAGGAGGAAAUUCUGCGCGCACGUGAACGUCGCAUGAUGCAAAUGAUGCAGGCCCGCCCCGGCCUUGUGGGAUUUGAAACAUUGUCUCCAUACAGAAAUCUGUCGCCUACACAUCCCAGCAUGAUGUCCUUGACGCCAAUGCGCCUGCCAGGUGCGCGCAUGCCGCCGCUCCGUACGCCGAUACCUCGCGAAUACGAGGUCGACUAUGACUAUUUUGGGUACCAGGAAUACCGUCCUGGCUAUGCCGCCACCGAAUCCUAUUAUGACGAUCUCUACCGCACCUACGAAGGUGAUUACAAUUACUAUGACUAUCCGACUGCCCCAAAUGCCGGCUGCAGCAUUGGCACCAGCCUCGGAGGCGGCAUCGGACCCGGAAUCGCUGGGCCCUCAGCAAGUGGAGCCACGCAGCGCUCCUCGAGACCACGGGCAAGUGCCUCAAGCCACUCGAACAAUUCGUCGGCCGUUAUGGGGGCUGGUCGUGGGCAUGGAACCACAGCGCAGCGUGGCAGAGCCGUUGGCCAGCGUGGCAGCAUCAGUCGUCAGGGGGCCCUAACAGUGCCACAGGCGGCGGGAGCGGCAGCGGCGGCGGCGGGACAGGCGGCGGCGGUAGCUCAGCGGGGGGCCACCGGUCAGGGGGCGCUGGCAGCAACCGGGGGGGUCCGUGGGGUGGCACAAACGCGUCACAGCGCUCGUGGCACCCGGCACGUCAAGCCGCUACAAAAUUUACCAGUAGUCGGUAAACGUAAGUUCGAUGGAGGUCACCAAAAUCCGGCAGAUGUUAAGCGACGUUACCCGAGCGGUUUAAUAGGAAAUGGCGGCAGUUGGGGCAGUUUACCGCUACCACAGCAACCUUUAGGCACAAAUGGUGAACAGUGGUACAUGGAUACGUUUUCGGCAUGGAGUUAGAACAAUACAACAUCAACAACAACAUCAACAUCAACAACAACAGCAACAGCAACCCUAUAUAUGAUAUCAGUUAAAAGCAGCCACACAACAUGGAAGUUACAGCCCCAGCAACAUCCAAUAAUAAUUUUCACUCGUCGAUGUCCUGGAGCAGAUCCAAGUAACAAACUCUUAAAAGCAAUAAAUUCCCUUUAAAUAAAUUGUAUAAACCAUAAGAACUACGUAUACAACUAGCAAAAAUUCUGAGAGAUCAUUUUGCUUUCAUUUCGGAACCAAACGGAUUUCGGUUCUUUUGAUUCAUUGAAACACAAGCCAACAAAAAUGCAGAAUCAAAACCAGUAUCAGAAGCGGAAGGCAGCAAUAAAUCGGUCGAUUAGAGUAUAUAUAUAUAUUUGUAUGUAUGUAAUCAGUUAUAUAGCCUUCGCAGCAGCAGAAUUUUAAACGAAAUUUGUUCAUUUAGUGAAAGACAUUUAACCGAUUUCCCCCAGAACCAUUUUAAAAAUCAGCAAAGAGAAAACUCGUAUAAACUCGUAGAUAAAAGAAAGUCGAAUCGUUUUAAAAGUUCACAAAAGUAUAAUGAAAACAACAAAAAAAAAAACAACAAAUUAUGUCUCAUAGCGUUUUUAACUUGAAAUCGAAACAAUAAUUGAGCGUAUAUAGCAAAACAAAAACAAAAGCAAAAGCAAAAACAAAACCGAUAUAUAAAUUAAAAAACAUAUAUAAAUAUAUUUAUCUAUAACUAUAUAGAGAGAGCAGUCUAAGCCCAGUACGGAUUGAUUUUAAAUCUUAAGCAGCAUGUAGCACCUUUUUAUACAUUGAAAUUGAAUUGCGUAAAAACCGAAUUCGGAAUCGAUUCGACUAUAUACAGAACCUUUUACAUCAUGUACAUGGAGAUCAAUCAGCAUGAAGAGCCUUAAGCAAAUUAAACAAAAACCCCAAGCAAAUAGUGCACAAGCGAUUUCCCUUAAUUGUAUAUAACCGCAGCAAUGAGGAGCCAGCAAGACAUAUAGGAAACAACCAGUACAUAUAUACGAGAGAGUUCAGGCUCAGAUUCAGAUUCUGCUUCUGAUUCGGAUGAAUUGAUGUGAACUAAAAAAUGUUUAAUAUUGUAGGAACUUCGAGAGACAACAACAAGAAUUCAAAGUGAAAAGCAAAGCUUAAUGAAGUAACAUUGACUGACAAAAAACAAAAACAAAAAGUAAGAAAAAUUAUAAAUUAGAUUGAUUGAAUUGAUAUGAGAAGGAUAAGAAAAAAACAUACAUACAACAAAUUUAAAUGCACCCAGCAUUAUUAUAUAAUGACUGGCAGUGGCAACUGGCAAAGACUUUCUGCAUAAAUUGAAAAACAAAAACAAAACAAAACAAAAACUAUUUUUUAACGAACCUAAGUCUUAGGCAACUUCAAAUCAAUUAACUGGCAGAUGAAAAAGUAUAUAUGUAGGGUUAAACAAUUGCACAUACACACACAACACAAAUGCAGAUGGUUCCGGAAGCCAGAAAUCGGUUAAGCAAAUCUCGGAAUAAUAUCUGCCAAUUGAUGCAACGAAUUAGAAAGACAAACACAACACACACAUACACACAUCACAAGCAGUAAAUUAAAAGAAAAAGUAAAAGUAAAAAUUAAAACUAAAACUAAUAAUAACGAUGAAUAUUAUGAAUUUUAAUAACACAAUAAUGAAUACUUAAUAUUUACACAUAUAAACAUACAAAUUGUGCUUAACUUUCAAAAAACGAUGAAGAUAAUGAAAAGAUAAACGAAGAUAAAUAAAAAGUUAUGAGAAAUCAAUUAGCCGACGCUCGAUUGCGUUUUAGCAGACAAACCUAAACAAUUCAUAAAACCUAGAAAUUCUCCUUAAAAGCCUCUCUCAACUAAUUAACAAUUCAGACUCAACUCUCUCUCCCAAUUUUAUUGACGAACUCAUCUAAGCAGAUCUGCUACGCACAUAUGAUAUGAUAUGAACGAAGUAACUAAAGCCCUAAAGCAAACACCACAACUACAUACAUAUAUAGCGAUCCUUACGAUCUGACGAUUGUAACAACCUAACUGUAACUCCAUGCCUAUAAACACCAACAACAACAAACAGCACACACACAGACACACGUGUCAAAAUACUUUUAUAUAGGAAAAUCAAUUAUACAAGAACUUGCCUUGCCUUUCAUUUGUUUAGAUUACUUUGCAAAAUUCGAAACCAAGAAUCCUUUUUUGUUGAAAUUUAUCUGUCCUUUAUGUCUACGUUUCCGCUAUUGCUAGAUCUCAAGUAAAGCAACAAGUUAAUUAAUAUAUACAUAUAUAAAAAAAGAAAAAAAAUAUAUAAAUUAGUUUUAAACUAACGAAAGAAUACUUCCAAUUUUGAACUCAAGUAUAAAGCAAAUACAAAACUGUUGGCCGUUGAUGAGAGACAAGGGCGCGUGUGUUUUAAAACGUAUCUAUGAACAUUGUUCAGCAUAAGCCUAAAAACACCAGUUUUUUUAAAUUAAAAGUACACACAGUCAAACACACAGACACACACACACACCAAACAGUUGCCUAAAGUAAAAAAAACAAAAAAAUAAAAAUAAACGAUGAAAACUUGCGCAAAAUUUGCAAACCAGCAAAGAACUUUAAAUACAUAAUAUUAGCCACAAACAAUAAGAGGAACAUAUACAACAAAUUCUAAAUGACCAUAGUUAAGAUUACAUUUAGUAACACUCACACACACACACACACUCAGCCACAUACACCAAUACAUAUACACACAUAAUGAUUAAAGAAAGUAAAGUAAACUGUCUUUGUAGGAGAAGAAAGAGAAGUGUGCGCCAUUUUCUAACUACAAUAACAAGCAAAACAAAAAAUCACUUAAAUAUUUAACCACUUUUUUAAAAUAAUUUUUGAUAAGUUUCCUUAGGAAUUCUUCUUAAACGAUCUAUCUUUUCCGGAUUGAGAGCAGAGUGUUGCCCUCGAAAAAGAAAGGGGAGAAAUCAUUUAAAACUUUUAUUACGUUUUUUUUCUCUUUAAACACACACAAACACAACAAAUGAGAUAAUUUUUUAAGAAUGUUAUUAACAAAAAAUUCUUCAACGCCGCGUAUUUUUAUUAUGCAAAAUUUUCGAUUUUUCGCCUGUGAAAUUUCCACAUAUUUGGUGACUUUGAACCCUUGAACCCACUUCAAAUUGCAAAUAUAUAAAUAUAACUAAUUUUAAAUAUUUGUUUAAUUCGAUAAAUGUACUGAUUUUAUAUUGUUUUAAAUUUGUAAUUUAAUUUGUAAGUUUUUAUUGUUAAUGUGUUUUUCUAUUGUAAACUAAAAACUAAACUAAAUCUGUAAACCAAUUGGCAAAUUGUUACACACUCCGUUAAAGUUUUCCAAUUUCGUUGAACUUGAUGCAAAUUAUGAUUAAUGAAAUUAUCACCAAAAUUAUGUGCCGUUAUUUGGAAACCAUUUCUUUGGAAGCCUGAAAUUGUCCCACACCCCACACCCCUUAACUCUUGAACCCAUCGCCCCACCCAAAAAUCCCUAAUUGUGUUAAAUAUUGUAAUUUGUAAUUUUUGUUUUAAUUUUUUUCGGGAAAGCAAAAACGUUUGGCAAAAUUAGUUUUUAAUUUGAAUAUUUAGUUUUGUUUGUGCGCUUAAGUUUUCAAUAGUAUGUUAUAUAUAUAUAUUAAACUAUAUGAAUAUUAAUUUUUAGCAAAAUAUUUUUACGACCUAACACAUAACACUCUAAUGUUAAAUACAUAACGUACUAGUUUGUUUAGCUUUUUAAUUGGUUUUACAUUUUUGUGUAUUUGUGAAGAGGACGCGCAAGCAAAAUUAAUCUUUGGCCCACUAACAACAGCAGCAACAACCCAUAACUGUAUACGUGUGUAAAUUUUCAACUUUCAACAACAAUAACAAAAAUAUUACAAAGAAA